AAAAAGCAUGGCGGAUUGUCGUUCCCGUGCUGUGUGUAUUUUUAUUUUGACGUCUCUGUAUGAACUGUCUUUGUUUUAAAUCAGCGUUAUUUAUAGAAAACUGUGCACAUUUAAACAGUGAGUGUUGAUUAAAACCCACAAUGGGUUUACCAGACACCUGUAUCACUGAGGACAAGCUUCCACAAUGCUGGUCGGACGAUGUGCGCAUGAAUGCACUUUUUGCACCUUUUCGUUUGAAAACUGCAAACCCUGAGUCUUGGGACAUGAAGAUGAAGUUCUGGUCUGAUCUGCUGAGGCAGUAUUGCCGCUGGAAAAAGGACCCAGUGGUAUCUGCGGCGGAUUUAAAAUGCGCCUUUAUGAGGAAGGGUCGGACGCCCGCUUGCCUUGACAUUGUGGUGGAAGAAAUGUUCCGCAACGGUGAGCUAGCACCCCUAACAAAGUACCAGCAGAUCCUGCACAACGGGCCGGAAGGUUGGGUGCGCUGGGGCGCUCGCUUGGCGUUCAAGCCGGCAGCACUGGCGUUGACUGCUGUCACCUCACUCCUGCCGGCGCGGCAGGCUAUUGACAGCGACGGGCUGCCUAAAGCCAGCAUUGAUUCCACACAGAGAUUUGUGUGCGAAAGCGCUGUGAAGGAGCAAGCAACAGAGCUUCUAGAGAACUUUCCCAACGACGCAGAGCGGAUAGGAACCGUAGACGAGCUGAUGAAAAUCUGCAAGUGGCAGCAGGGAAGGGACACCUUCGAGAUGCUGCUCGGGUACCUAGUGGCCCAGGGUGCUGCUGUCAAGAAGGAUGAAGUCAUCAAACUGGCUGAGCCGAACAAGAAAGCGACGCCAGUCACUGAGACGGACGAGGCCCUGGUGCGCUUGGUAGCGGCCGAGGCGAGGCUGGAGGCCGAGGCCGGCAAGCUGGCUCGCGAGGCCUCCAUCGCUGAAGGCGAGGCCAGGGCAGCUUUGCAGCUGGGCAACAGACUUGCAGCUAAGAACCACCUCCGUCGGAAACACAAAUUGCAGCAACGCAUCGACCACACGGACGGCGCGCUGCAGAACGUAAAGCAACUGUUACAGCAGAUGCGAGAAGUGGACACCACUAGCGCCAUCGUCGACACAUACAAGGUGUCAUCGCAAGCGCUGAAGCGCGGCAUGAAAGAGGGAGGUCUCGAUGAGGACGCCGUGCACGACACUAUGGACGAUCUCAAGGAGGUGAUGGAGCAAUACAACGAGGUGGAGAAGGCCCUGGCAGGGUCCGCGGAAGACGUGGACGCGGCCGAGUUGGAGCAGGAGCUCAGGGAACUCCUGUCCGGCCCCGCAGCGCCGCCUGGCGGCGGCGAGAGGAAAGAAGUCCCCGUCCCAAGAACGCCGCAGUCCAAAAAGAACACAGAACCCGACUUCGUGUUCGACGGCGAGGAGCGCGUCAUCGCCGAGCUGAACGAGCUGAGCGUCGAGGAUGCUUCUCCCAGGGCCCCUCGCACCAGAGUCCCUGUGGCUGAGGGCUGGGAACCUACACCUACAGGUCAGACCCAGGCAAGUGCAGAACUAGAGCUGAGCGUCGAGGAUGCUUCUCCCAUGGCCCCUCGCACCAGGGUCCCUGUGGCUGAGGGCUGGGAACCUACACCCACAGGUGAGACUGGCUCUCGAAACCUGAACGCAAAGCCUCUCCGAAGCCAUCUCAAAGCUGGUACCCGCCCAGCACUGAAUGCCUCCGCCCCGACACCACUUGGAACAACAACCCGGACCGGAGCUACGACGAACUACGAUUGGAUGACAGAUUACACCCCGUACCCGCCCAGCACUGAAUGCCUCCGUCCCAACACCACUUGGAACAACAACCCGGACCGGAGUUACGACGAACUACGGUUGGAUGACAGAUUACACCCCGGUGAGUGUUCAUCUCACAUUAACCCCGAAGCCUCUCCGAAGUCAUCUCAAAGCUGGUACCCGCCCAGCACUGAAUGCCUCCGUCCCGACACCACUUGGAACAACAACCCGGACCGGAGCUACGACGAACUACGAUUGGAUGACAGAUUACACCCCGGUGAGUGUUCAUCUCACAUUAACCCCGAAGCCUCUCCGAAGUCAUCUCAAAGCUGGUACCCGCCCAGCACUGAAUGCCUCCGUCCCGACACCACUUGGAACAACAACCCGGACCGAAGCUACGACGAACUACGGUUGGAUGACAGAUUACACCCCGGUGAGUGUUCAUCUCACAUUAACCCCGAAGCCUCUCCGAAGUCAUCUCAAAGCUGGUACCCGCCCAGCACUGAAUGUCUCCGCCCCGACACCACUUGGAACAAGAACCCGGACCGCAGUUACGACGAACUACGAUUGGAUGACAGAUUACACCCCGGUCAACCUUUCAACAUUGACUUCACCAUGCCAGCGAAGCUAUACAGCUCGGAUUUCCAAGUCCGCGACCACAAGCCCCACUCCGGAGUAUGGCUCUACAAUAGUAGAGACGACAACUGUAAUACUCUUAACAACUCUUUCAGCUCUAGUACACAAUACACUAGGUAAGUGGCCUUGAAUUCUUU